AUGGCAGUGUUUGCUAACAUGUAUACCAUUCCAUCAGUAGCCUCAACAUAUCCGGCUUCAAUAGGGACCCCUUGGUCAGUCACUCGAACCCAGGACAAGGUGGAAGGCGGGUCUGUCGAUAUGAGUAGCUACCAGUGGGUAGUUCGGCCAAACCAACCUCGGCGUGUGAGAAGUCCAUUCCUUGUGACGCAGUGCAAGCGCACUGCAAGAGAGAAUGACGAGGCCACGUGGAAGAAAGGCUUGGAUCAGCUGAAACGAUACAUGAGAUACAUGGCGUCUCAACAGCCAUGGAAGCAUCUCCAAUACGGCACUAUUGCCGUCGGUAGCUAUGCCGAAUUCUACAAGUGGGACGAGACCACAUUUGCUCCAGCGCUCUACAUCGGUAGACAUGACAUCUUGGGCGAUUCUGCUAUCGUUCAUGAGAUGCUCAUGCAGAUCCGUGCGGAGCGCCUCGCUGGGCUGUAG